UUCUCUCAGUAAUAAUCCAACGCGGGCGUUGAGCACUUGUGAAAUCUGCUGUGCGGGGAAAAUAGAACUUAUUCUAAUUGUAAAAAUAAGUAGCGUUAAGAAAGUGAAGUCUGAUUAAAUAUUGAGCAAGUGAAAAACCCUCGACGGUAACAAAGCUGGACAGUUUCUUAAAAUAGAAUAUAAAAUAAAUUUAUAGUAAAAAUGGUCGCCACAUUUACCCUCAAGUUCCUAAAGUCACAAUGGCGCAGUUUUGCGAAUGCACAUCCAUUGGCCAGAGGUGUCAUUUCGUAUGCAGUAAUAUGGCCCACAAGCAGUCUCAUACAGCAAACAAUUGAGGGUAGAGAUCUCAAAACCUACGAUUGGAUGCGUUGUCUGCGCUAUGGUGUGUUCGGCGCGCUAUAUGUGGCGCCUACACUAUAUGGUUGGGUGCGUCUAAGCUCUGCCAUGUGGCCGCAAAUGAAUUUACGAGUUGGUAUUACAAAAGCUGCCGUCGAACAGAUCUCAUAUGGCCCCUUCGCUGGUACCAGCUUCUUCUUUCUUAUGAGCUUAAUGGAAGGACGUAGCGUUGAAGAGGCUGUGCAAGAGGUCAAAGAUAAAUUCCCAAAAGCAUUCGAGGUUGGCAUUUGCAUCUGGCCUGUCAUUCAGACAAUAAAUUUCUCCAUGGUACCUGAACAACAUCGUGUCGUUUUCGUUAGCAUUUGCAGUUUGGCUUGGACAACAUUUCUAGCUUAUAUGCAUACAAAAAAUGUUGAUGAAGAAGAAAAAGAUAUACCCAGCAACGAGCCGAAGCUUUCACAGCAACCACCGUUGACACAAACAAUGUCAGCAACAACAACCACUAAUGAGAGCUUAGUUCUCAAAGUCAAACGUGCACUUGCGCUUUAAAUACAUUUUAAGUAUUUAUGCGGUAUUUAACUGUAGAAGGAAUGGAAAAACCAAUAUGUGAUUAAAAAAUAGUUCAAUUGAUAUUAUAUGAUAUUAUAGUAUUGAAACACAAAGACCUUGUUGUUAGCUAGUUUUAUGCGUACUAUAAGUAUUACGAUGUCGACACCCAUUUAGACGAAUUUAAAUGCAAAUAACUAAAUAAAUGUGCAUUUAUUUUGAAGAUCAUAA